AUGGAUGGACAUAUUGGAGAGAUGUCUAUCCAAAGCCAUGCCGAGCUCACACAUACGCAGGAUGGGAGAGCGAUGUUGCAUUCGCGUGACCUCUCCGCUGCCUUUCCACGGCCCCCUUUGGGGGGGUCCACUAUGACCCUUGAGACCCCUGAACACCGACCCCUUGGGCUGGACCAUUCCUUGUCUGCACUUGGCUAUGGGGGGGAUUCACCAACAAGCUGUGGUAGCACCUACACCACACUGACUCCCCUACAACCUCUGGAGGACAAAUUUCACCACCACCACCACCACCACCAUCACCAUCCUUGCUUGCCAGUCAGCAAUGUUAUUGGGAGUUUCACACUCAUGCGGGAGGACAGGGGACUAGGUGGUAACUUCUAUAGCCCUUACACCAAAGACCUUGGAAUGCCACAGAGCCUCUCUCCACCGUCGGCAGGGUCUGGGCUUGGAGCCGCCAUGCACGGGUAUGGUAGCCUGGGAAAUGGCUCUACUGCUGCCGGGGGACAGAUGCUUCCAGGUGGGUAUGAGGUCCACAUCGGGAGUGGCGGCGGCAAUAUCUUCUGCAGGACAACAGAUUUUGGACGGGAAAUGUCCCCUCUGGAGUUUGGAGAUUCAGGCAUUGGGCAUCAGAUAAACAAGAUGGAGGUGCCUCAUCAUGGGCACAGUCAUCACUCUCACAGUUACAGCCAUCAUUACCAACCCCACCACCAAUGCCAGCCGUCCUCCAAAGUGGGCGACCUCCAUUCCAGCUCUUCUCCCAAUGAUAGCCUGCUGCACAGCUCUCCGGGCAGUGGAGGAGGUGGAGAGGAAAUAAACACAAAGGAAGUGGCCCAGAGGAUCAUCACAGAGCUGAAGAGGUACAGCAUCCCACAGGCCAUCUUUGCAGAGAGGGUGCUGUGCAGGUCACAGGGCACGCUCUCUGAUCUUCUGAGGAAUCCAAAACCAUGGGGGAAACUCAAGUCAGGACGUGAGACCUUCAAGAGAAUGUCUAGGUGGCUUCAGGAGCCAGAGUUCCAGAGAAUGGCAUCACUGCGGUUAGAAGCCUGCAAGCGGAAGGAGCUCGAGCAGGGCAAGCUGGAGCGGAACCAGGGCCCCAAGCGGACCCGGCUGGUGUUCACGGAUCUCCAGCGCCGCACUCUCAUGGCCAUCUUCCGGGAGAACCAUCGGCCAGCCAAGGACCUGCAGGUGACCAUCUCCCAGCAGCUGGGCCUGGAGCUCUCCACCGUCAGCAACUUCUUCAUGAACGCCCGCCGCCGCAACGUCAACAGAUGGGCUGACGAGGGCCGCCCGUCCUCCACGGGAUCCUCUGGCUCCAGUGCGUCGUCCUCAGCCGUGUCCUGCAGCACGGCCUGA